AAUUAAAUAAUAUAUUGGAUGGCAAACCUAUUUGACGAAGAGUAAGGCUAAUACUUAAGAAUGAAUGCUCUCAAAUACCUUGAGAAACCACCAGAAGUCUAAAGAGAAGAUGAUCCAUUUAUUACUAAUGGCUCUUUAGCAAUCACAUAUAUUCUAGUGGGAACAGUGGAGUAAUAUAAGGCAGAUCAAGGGCUCAAAUUUCAACCCAGUUAUGUUCAUCAGGUGUUUAGAUCAACAAAUGAAAUAUAUGGAUACAAAGAUCUUAAGAUUACCAUUCAUGUCACUGCACUUGGAUUGAAGCCUUUCAUUAAAAUAUCCUAUAGCGAGCAGACUGAAGAUGCAGAUGACUUAUAUGAGAGCUUUAAUAAAGUGUAUGAGGCGGGUUUCCUUUCUAGCGAAGAGCAGUUUCUUUAAGCCCUUGAAGAAGAAUAAAAACAGGAGCCUUUAGGAGACUUAAUUGAAGAAUAUGGAGAUUUCAGAAUAUACAAGUGUCAAAUGGCAACAACAAACGGGUUUGUCUAAUUCAAGCCUUUUUUAUAAGCAUUUCUUUUGGUUUUAAUUGAUGGAGUUCAAUAUCCAGGAGAUGAAAAUGAAUGGGUGUAUUUAUCAUUAUACGAAAAACGCCAAUUUGUCGGAUUGACUACAGUAUACAAGUUUAAUAUUGGAUGGAAUAAGCAGAGACAUCGCUUGAGUCAAAUGUUAUUCUUGCCAUAAUACCAGAGAAAAGGUCAUGGGAGUAAAAUGCUAAAGACUGUUUACAAAUUAGGUUUGGAGGAUGAGAAGUGUUUAUAAAUUACACUUGAAGAUCCUUCUGAAGAUUUUUAGGUGAUGAGAGAUAUAACUGACUCGAAAAUCUUGCAUGAACAUUUUAAAGAUAUACUCCCAAAUAAGAUUAUCAAUUCAAUAUAAGAAAUUGGAGAUAUGCCUAAAGAUAAGUUGUUUGAAAUUAUGAAGAAAACAAAACUUCAUGCUUAUUAAAUAAAACGUGCUUAUUCAAUUUAUUAGUACGCAUUUGUGAACAAAAAGUCUUCUAAAUUGAUGACAGAGUUUGCUAGGUAUUUGCUGAGAGAACAUUAAAAGCCUUAUAUCAGAAAGAAGAAUAUUUUAGUUCGAUUUGAGGAUGGCAGUUCAUUGGAUCCAAAAUAAAUGCACCUGCUUGAAUUGAAGGAAAAAGAAGAUAGGAAUAUCAAUGCUGAGGAAAGUUUAGAAGAGGAGCUCUGUUUGUUUGAACUGAUUGCUACAAAGUUAAGAAAGGACAAAGUUAUUUGA